CUGCAUUAAUUUUUGUCGAGAGUCUCUACGACUCAGAAUUGAACUGUCCACAUCGAGCGUCAUCACUUUUUUUGUUUGUUUGUUUGUUUUGUUUUGUUUUGUUUCCUCCCUUUGUUUUACACCAUUUGUUAAACAGUGUUCAACACGUUUUUAUAUUAUUUUUUAUUUCUGUAAAUACACCGGAAUGGAACUUAAUUCUCUUCUACUUCUUCUUGAGGCAGCAGAGUAUUUGGAAAGAAGAGACAGAGAAGCUGAACACGGUUACGCGUCCGUUUUGCCGUACGACAGCGACUUUUCCAGAAAGAAAACCAAAUCCUCUCCCAUUUCAAGAAAAAACCACAACAAUAGGUCAUCACACAAUGAGCUGGAAAAACACAGACGUGCCAAACUGCGAUUGUACCUGGAGCAGUUGAAACAGCUUGUGCCUUUGGGUCCUGAUAGCACCCGUCACACCACACUGAGCCUGCUCAAACGCGCCAAAAUGCACAUCAAGAAGCUGGAGGAACAGGACAGGAAGGCUCUAAACAUGAAGGAGCAACUGCAGAGAGAACAUCGCUACCUCAAACGGCGCCUGGAGCAGCUCUCUGUACAGGGCUUAGAGCGCAUUCGCACUGACAGCAUGGGCUCCACCAUCUCCACUGACUCUGAGCAAGAAGUGGAUGUGGACAUAGAGGGCGUGGAGUUCACACCAGGUGAGGGUGAUAGCGUGGACAGUGUUAGCGAUGGCGAGGACCACUACAGCCUGCAGAGCAGCUCCAGCGAUGGAGGCCACAUUUCACAUUCCCACAGAUUACAGGCUCACAUCUGCUAGGCCGUGUCAGACCGCAACAGUGUGUCACCUCCAACAUACCCAUCCGCCACUCCCAGCUGGCAGGAAGCACCUGGGUGAUUCCACUCCUCAGAAAACUCUCUCCCCUCUAAACCCUCGCAACGCUUUGUAUCAAACCCUCCCUAACCCCACA